GAACUGUUUUGUAUAAUAUUCAGAUUUCUCUUAUCACUAUAGCUCCUUGAACGCUCCUUGAACGUUAAAGUAUACGUCAUAUUAGUUUAUCCCGUGAUUUUUUUUUCAAUUAAGAAAUAAAUAGUGCAACAAUUCAUUUGAAGAAAAGGAAUUAUAUUGUUUACAAAUAUACUAUUAAUGUUAUUAUUGUAGUGUGUAGUGUAAUAAUAUGAAUCCAUACAACAUUAUGACCAUUAUGACAGUGUCGAGGAUACAACAGUUUCUGAAGAGUUUUCAUAUGAAAUACUAUUCCAUACAUACACGAACGUCAGAACCCAGCAGUACAUACGAUGCUGUAAUUAUAGGCGGAGGUCACAAUGGACUGGUUGCAGCAGCCUACCUGCAGAAGUCAGGAAUUCAGACCUGUGUAUUAGAAAAGAGACACAUAGUGGGAGGUGCUGCUGUAACUGAGGAGAUCGUACCAGGUUUCAAGUUCUCACGAGCUUCUUAUGUGCUAAGUCUCUUACGACCACAUAUCUACUCUGAUCUGGAACUAAAGAAACAUGGCUUGAAAAUGUAUUCACGGAAUCCUAGCUCGUACACACCACUACGGGAGUCAGCGUGGCAGAAAAAUGGGGCAAGAUCUCUUACUUUGGGAUUAGAUGAGCUUAGAAACGAGAGACAAAUAGCCAUGUUUUCACAGAAAGAUUCCCAGGCUUACAGACACUAUGAAGAGAAGGUUAAGAGACUAGUGACAGCUAUUGAACCAAUACUGGAUUUAUCUGUAGCUGAUACAAUGACAUUUCUUAGAGCAGAAUCCGUUUGGGGCAAGAUAAAUGCUCUAUUACGUAGUCCAUGUCUGAGGAAGGCAGCUACAUCUGUUAGCUUGCUUGGUGCUGAUAUUCCUGCUCUCUAUGAAUUCCUAACAGCUCCGGCAAGUAGCAUUCUAAAUCACUGGUUUGAAUCAGAGCCACUGAAGGCCACCUUGUCUACAGAUGCGGUGAUAGGCACGAUGACUGGACCAUAUACACCAGGCAGUGGAUAUGUACUACUGCAUCAUAUGAUGGGAGGAACUGGUUGGUCAUAUCCUAAGGGGGGUAUGGGUGCUGUCACACAAGCAAUGGCAGCAGCAGCAGCCUCCUACGGAGCACAUAUAUUCACAAAUGUGGAGGUAUCCAGAAUUUGUCUAAAUGGAGACGGUCAGGCUGCUGGGGUGGUGACAUCUGAAGGCCGUGAAAUCAAAGCUACCAUAGUUAUGUCCAAUGCUACACCAUAUGUAACAUUCCAGAAAUUGCUUCCCCAAGCUGCUUUGCCAGAAAAGUUCCAGGCUGCUAUUGAAAGUAUCAAUUAUGCAUCUCCAAUAACAAAAAUUAAUGUUGCAGUGAACAAACUGCCCAACUUUCUGGCUGAUCCAUGUGAGAAAGAAAAUGAGCCAAUGCCACUUCACCAAUGCACAAUCCAUGUCAACUGUGAGAAUACAGAAAUCAUCAACCAAUCAUACAACUGUGCUCUCAAUGGCGAUAUCUCAGACAGGCCAAUGAUUGAAAUGGUGAUUCCCUCGAGUGUGGACCCUACACUAGCACCGCCUGGCUGUCAUGUUUGUCUUCUCUUCACUCAGUAUACACCGUAUCACUUAAGGAAUGGUGCAACUUGGGAUGAUAAAACAAAGGAGAAUUAUGCUAAGCAGGUAUUCUCCAAUAUUGAGGAAUAUGCACCAGGAUUCACUGACAGUAUUAUUGGAAUGGAAGUGCUUACUCCACCAGACCUUGAUGAAAUUUUUGGACUCACUGGAGGUGAUAUCUUUCAUGGAGCUUUAUCAAUGGACCAACUAUUUCUAAGUCGCCCAGUCUCAGGGGACAUUGGGCCACCAGCCCCCUUCACUCCUAUAAAUAAACUGCUGCUAUGUGGCAGUGGAGCCCAUCCUGGUGGAGGAGUAACGGGUGCCCCAGGUUACAUAGCAGCACAGGCUGGCAUUGCACUUCUGCUGGCUAUGAAGAGCAAGAUCUGGCAUUGACACUGUGUUCUGAUGGCGUUAAACAACACAAGAGUAAUUCACUCCAGCUGCUCCUGUGGAUAAUGAAACCAAACUAUGCACCAUUAUUUAACCCCUCCCCCUCCAAACUUGAGUGUCAGUGCCUGAGAACAUUCAGAAUGCUGCACAAACCUACAAACCUAAUAACAAAAGAUUCUGAUAUGUUCAACAUAUUCUCUUAAUAAAUAUAUCAUCCUAAAUUAUCCUACAAA